GAAACGUACUUAAAUAAAUAAAUUUGUUCACUGGUGAGACUCAAAAGGACUUGAAUAUUGAAAUCCUCCAUAUCCUCUAUACUUUACGCGUACUCGAGAUUGAGAGAAUCAUUUCGACAAUGUCGGUAACGGCUGCUUUCAUUGAUUCGGAUCAAACUCACAACAACAUUCUAAUGGAUUCACAGUCAACUGUCUCCGGUGUGAAAACUGUCAAGAUAAGCAAUGUUUCACUACUUGUUUCUAAGAAAGAUAUUAAAGAGUUCUUUUCUUUCUCUGGUGACAUUCAGUUCCUCGAGAUGCGAAGUGAGACACAAGAAAGUCAAGCUGCUUAUGUUACUUUUAAGGAUCCUCAAGGCGCACAAACUGCAAUGCUCUUAACGGGAGCUGUCAUUGCAGAUCUUCGUGUUAGUAUUACUCCUGCUGUGAACUACGAGCUGCCACCAGAAGCCCUUGCACUUGACUCGGAAAGUUCGUUUAACGGUUUCACUGUCAAGAAAGCUGAAGAUGUGGUGAAUAUCAUGGUGGGAAGGGGUUAUGCUCUUGGAAAAGACGCAAUGGAGAAAGCCAAAGCAUUUGACGACAGACACAACUUGAUCUCAAACGCUUCUGCAACCAUUGCCUCGCUUGACGAUAAGAUGGGUCUGAGCGAAAAGCUAAGCAUAGGAACUACUGUGGUGAAUGAGAAGUUGAGAGAUAUCGAUGAGCGUUAUCAAGUCAGGGAGAUAACGAAAUCUGCUUUAGCAGCUGCAGAAGAGACAGCAAUCAGUGCAAGAACAGCUUUAAUGGCGAACCCUUAUGUAUCAAGUGGAGCUUCGUGGUUUUCAAACGCGUUUGGCGCAGUGUCAAAGGCGGUUAAAGAGAAAGUUGAGAAUGGGGGAGAGGGAAGAAAGGAGAUCAUCACACUUGAUCCCUCUUCACCUAAAGAUCCUGCUGUAGUUCCUGUUAAGCUCGGUUGAUGCAGAUCUCAUCAAACCAAUCGGAUCUCGACUAAAUUCUUUGAUAGGUUUGUUGUUCAUAUAUAUGCUUUCGUAUGCUAAAGAUAGAUAAAAAUACAUAAACCAUAAAAGGUGUUCUUACAUUCAGACAGCAUUUUGUUCCUCUCUCAAAA